AUGGCACAAACCGCAACAUCUUCAUCGUCACCCGCCAACGCCAGUGAUAACUGGAAAGCCACCCUUCGCCCACCUCCAAGAGACUCUCGGCCUCAAACCGAGGAUGUAACAGCUACAAAGGGCACUGAAUUCGAGGACAUGUUCCUCCGGCGCGAGCUCCUUAUGGGCAUUUUCGAAGCCGGCUUUGAACGUCCUUCCCCCAUCCAAGAAGAAGCCAUCCCUAUCGCACUCACCCACCGCGAUAUCCUUGCACGCGCAAAGAACGGGACCGGUAAAACCGCUGCAUUCGUCAUUCCCUCAUUACAACAAGUAGACGUCAGUAAGCCAAAGAUUCAGGCGCUUCUGCUAGUUCCAACGCGAGAGCUAGCACUUCAAACGAGUCAGGUGUGUAAGAUUUUGGGAAAGCAUAUGGGCGUGCAGGUCAUGGUGACCACCGGUGGCACGACACUCAAAGAUGACAUCCUUCGGUUGUCCGAGAGUGUGCAUGUACUUGUUGGUACACCCGGCCGGAUAUUGGAUUUGGCAGGCAAGAACGUGGCAGAUUUGAGCGAAUGCCCGGUGUUCGUCAUGGACGAGGCCGACAAGCUGCUCUCACCUGAAUUCACCCCCGUCAUGGAGCAACUGUUAUCGUUCUUGCCGAAGGAGAGACAGGUGAUGCUGUUCAGCGCGACGUUCCCGAUGAUCGUGAAAGAUUUCAAGGACAAAUACAUGAACAAACCUUACGAAAUCAACCUUAUGGAUGAACUCACCCUCCGUGGCGUAACCCAAUACUACGCAUAUGUCGAAGAACGCCAAAAGGUCCACUGUCUCAACACCCUCUUCUCCAAACUCCAAAUCAACCAAUCCAUCAUCUUCUGUAACUCCACCAAUCGCGUCGAACUCCUCGCCAAAAAGGUCACCGAGCUCGGAUACUCAUGCUUCUACUCACAUGCAAAGAUGCUCCAAUCCCACCGCAAUCGAGUCUUCCACGACUUCAGAAACGGUGUAUGCAGGAACUUGGUCUGCUCGGAUCUCCUCACGAGAGGUAUCGACAUCCAAGCGGUGAACGUUGUCAUCAACUUCGACCUGCCGAAGAGUUCCGAGACGUAUCUCCAUCGUAUCGGCCGUUCAGGUCGAUUCGGACACUUGGGUCUGGCCAUCAACUUGGUGACCUACGAAGACAGGUUCAAUCUUUAUAAGAUUGAGCAAGAGCUAGGUACGGAGAUUCAGCCAAUACCGCAGGUGAUCGACAAGGGCCUGUACGUCGCACCGGGCCUUGGAGCGGAGGAACAGCAGCAGGCGCAACAACAACAAGCGCAGCAGCAAGCGCGGGCGUUGGCCCAGCAGAGGCAGCAGCAAGUCCAGCAGGCCGCUGGAGUUGCGGGUCCCGCUAGACCUCCACAGCAACAGCAGCAACAGCCACAAGGCCAAAUCGUGUAUCAGAGCAACGGUCAGCCACCGGCAAGACAGAAUGGCACGUCAAGAGGAGGCACCCCUAAUCCCAAUCCGUAUCGAGGCACCCCCGUGCCCGCUGCGCAGUCUGCGAGGUCGUAA